ACCAACAUAAAAUUAAGUGAAGCAACCUUAAAAAUAUAAUAAUAUUCUGAAUACUAUGUUCGAUUUUAGCGUUUUCCCGGCGAGCUUGAUAUAAUAUUAAUUGUUUGGAGUAAAAACAACAAAUUUUCGAGGAUUAAUUUAUACAAAAAAUAAUUAAAAUGAAAUUAGUUAGGUUUCUUAUGAAAUUAUCACACGAAACAGUGUCGAUAGAAUUGAAAAAUGGAACUCAAGUAAAUGGAACAAUAACUGGCGUGGAUGUUGCCAUGAAUACGCAUUUGAAAGCUGUCAAAAUGACUAUUAAAGAUCGAGAUCCAGUAUUUCUUGAUACUAUAAGUUUGAGAGGGAAUAAUAUUAGGUACUAUAUUCUCCCAGAUAGUUUACCAUUGGAGACCCUUUUGAUAGAUGAUACACCCAAAGCCAAAGCUAGAAAGAAGGAAGCAGCUCGAGGUGGAAUACGAGGAAGGGGUCGUGGUCGUGGUGGACCCAGAGGCGGUCGUGGAGGUGGUAGGGGACGUGGACGAAGAUAAUAAUAUUUUUGUAUUGCUAAGCUAUUUAUAAUCAUUGUAACAUUGUGCUCAUAGGAAGUGCUAUACAAUUUGUAUGUAAUAAUGUUAUUUUUGAUUCAACAAGAAUUUUAAGGUUUUGA